CAGGAGGUCCUGGGCCGGGGGAUAGGCACAUCUAACCUGUUGAAGAAGAGGUAAGAUCUCUAUAGUUGCUCUCCUCAACUACUGACAGCUUCUGUUAAAAACUAUUUCUGCUACGUGUUUACAACAGAAAUUCGCUAUUUUGGCUUACUUCAAUCGCUUACAUCCUCUGUUUUUAUCACUCCUGCUUCGUCUGUUGAGGGGGAUCCAUUCAUUCCUCAAAAAUGUCAGACUUUCUGGAACUGGGGAAGUCCAAUGCUUUGACAUUUGUCCGGGCAUAUGACAGCCACGUGAAAAUAGAGGACUUCCUCCAAGAUGCUGAAAUGACACUACCUGUAUUUUCAUCCACAUACCAGUGGGAGGAGGGGCUCCUUGGAACUUGUGCGAUAUCGAUGGUUUAGUGGUGGUGCUGGACAAGCUGGAAGGGAUUAGCGCACAUAUCCCCUUGAUCACACUCCCUCCAGCCAGCCCGCACACCAUAAUGAACCACUACCACAUGCUAAAAAAGCAUCUGAAUCUGAGGGAAUGCAGCUCGGCCACCAGGAAUGCGCUCCGGCAAAUUCACGGCUGCUGCAUUGCUCAAACUUCGGGUGGAUAUUACUUAAACGUGUCGGUGCUACCAAAGGAUUUGAAGGCAAGCAGCCAUAUCCUUUUUGAAUCCGCCAACGCCCCCAAACAUGCUGCUGAGCAGGUCAACAAGAUCCGGGACGCAUUCAUCAGCAAGCUGAGGGGAGUGGACUUCCGAAAUAUGGCGAGGUUUUCUAUGCAAAAGAACAGCCUGGCAAAUCCUGCUAAAUUCAAUUUGCUGACAGACGACCAAGAAUUUGUGUUAGGUCUUCUCAGCCAGGCCGUCAAAGAUGUAGACACUCACCUUGACACCUCACUGUUGAUGUCCUUGUCAAUGUUUGGCCAGAAGACCUGGCGGAAAGCGGACUUGUCGGCGUUGGUGAACAUGGACCACAUGAUCUCCUGCUCUGUGCACGUGGCCAUCUCAGUGUGGUCGAUACAGGACGAUUUGGAGCUGAUGUGGUCCAGGCAAGGACUCAAGAAUAUCAUUGGGGCCAGGGGUCCCUCUACACUGCCCUGACUGUAGGCGAGUCUGCAAAUUUCCAGUCAAGCCUCGAUGGACAACCACUGGAUGUGAGCGGCCGAUUGCUUGAUGUGCUGUUCAAGGGUGAGGAGGGCCGUGGGGCACUAAACUUUGUUCAACUCUACACGGACUCACCCCACACACAUCUGAGCUUGCCAUACAAGCACCCAGUGAACGGGGUUAUGACAACCUGCGGCCUUCUCCACCGAGAAAUUAACAAGGCCAUGCAUGCCAGGGCUCUGGAGUACAUAAACCAUAUGAUCGAUUUGGAAGCGAAAUUCAAGCACACCCUGUGCUGCCGUCUGGAACAAGUAAGGCUCUUCUGUAAUAAUCACUGUCAAUCCGUGAUCAACCCAGAUAAGUUCUUCAGUUACGAGUACCUCAGGGGCCUUUUGAUGAAGGAGCCCAUGCUCAUUCCGUAUGUUGCCACCGCAGACGGCAGGACUCUGCGGACCAUGAUCACAGGGGUGCUGCGCCAUCUUACUGAUCUGCUGAAGACCACCUACGACAUGAGCCACAACCAGGCCAGUUUUCAACACUCUUGGCAAGCCUACCAAGCAGAAUUGGUGUUAGAAGAAAUUAUUUAUGGGCGUUGCCUGUCCACACAUGACAGACAGCUGUCUGUUUCCCUGGGCACCUCCUCCAGUCAUAUCAAAAGCCUGACACGACUCAGGGGUUUCCUAUGCCUGGCCCCUUGGAAUGCGGCGACGUCAGAGGUCUGCUGCCCUCCUCUCGAAAACUGGACCAGGGACCCCCGUAACCACCAGCGCAUCCAGCGAAUUUUUAAGCUGUGCGAUUCCCUGAAGGCAGCAGAUUCCGUCGUGGGACAGGAACUAUGGAUGGUGCUGUUGGGUGACUUGCUCCAAAAUACCCCAAAAAACAUUCCUUUGGCCGACCUGAAGGCAGUGGAUUGCCCCGUCCUGUACAGGGUUGCAGGAGCACAACAAUCCCAAACAUUUAUUCAAAUGUUGGUGGACAACAGGGCGUUCCCUUUUCCGGGGACUUUUGACAAGGCCAAAGAUUUGGUGGUCAAAUCUGGAAAGGACCCACUGCAGUGCCUUCAACUGGGGCUUGAUGAACUCAAGCUCCGUUGGUUCCCGCAUGUUCGCCUGUGGCAGUCGAAACACCCCCGGGCCAGCUGGGACCGCAAGUCAUUGGUUGAACUCUACAAUGACCUUCGUGACACCCGGCUGGUAACCAGGGUGGCUCUGGUGCAAGGCCAGGUCGCACAGGAGAUGGAGAGGAGAGGCCUGUGCUUUGCCCGCACGCUGGACAGGUACAGGGAGCAUGGCAUGCCAUGGCUGGAGAAAUGCAUGGCCAGGGUCCCUACUAAUAUCGACACCGGGGACAAACUCCGACUGCUCACUUGCCUUACAUGCAUAGCAUUGUUGGAAAACAAUGACUAUGUGUCUUAUAGGGAACUGGAAGCUCUCCUGAGGUCUCUGACUGUCACAUCGGCCAGAAUGCAAGAACUCUUGCUUCUAAGCAAGUUCAUCCUGCCGAAGGGGACACCUUUUAAAUUGUGGCAUCUCCAUGAGACAAUCCCCACGAGGCUGCCACCCAAGCCCACGACGGCCAAGGCUAACCCUAACAAAAGGCCUCGGGAGGAAAAUAAAGAGGAUGAGGAGGAUAUCCAGGAUGUCCAGCUUGUGGAAGACACCAGUGAAGAAGAGGAGGUGACGAAGCACAGGGUCAGAUACUUUCCAGGUGGUUCUAACACUCGCUGGUCUUCCGCUGAGAUGUCAUUUAUUAGCCUGAACCCCGAUGACACUAACAAGACUGCAUAUAGGAAAUACUUGAAAAUCUGCGAGGAAAAACUCAUGCCAGCCCGGACUUUGCUUGCUUUUUCACGGAAGAGGAAGCGAAUGCAGGAAGAUGCGAACGUUGCAUUAUUGUAGUGUGUUACUGACUUGUGUGUAUUUCCCUGCUGUUCAGCAGUUUUGCACAUUUUAUUGAGAGUAUUGUUAUUAUUCAUACUUUGCACUGUUACAAGUUGUGUGUGUUUGUGUGUGCCAAAAAAAGAA